GGGGGGGAGGUACGGAGGAGGUGCAGUUUGACUUUUUUUUUGUUAUUGCUUGUUGGCUGGCAAGGGGCAACAACAACGGCGGCGACGCCAUUUAUGCGUCCUCAUUUUCGGUUUUGGGGCGUUUCUCUUUAUCUCUCUUUCUUCACUGCCCGAGCCCUUAACAGUCGUCGUCACUCGCGUCACCUCGCCUUUCCUCGCCUCUCCACCUGCGCACUCCGCAAAACGAUCCAACCAACCCCGCCGCGGUCCAUUUAUCGUUAUCUGUGCCAGCAGGAGGAGAAGGAGGGUGGUGGUAGCGAUGGCGGCUGCGAAACCACCCCGCUUUCACGCGAUAACACCACCCUGUUGGAGGCGGCGCACGGAAUGUGCACCCCCCUCCCUUGGUGCUCCGCAGAUCAAAUAGUGGUGCGCGUUGGAAUAUCCGUCGAAAAGUCGCAGCAGCCCUCUCCCCCCCCACCUAACCUCACAAAGCGAGGCUGGAGAGCCUUACACAAAGGAUUCUACCCGCCGGAGCCCGGGCCCCCGGGUCUUUGUGACGUGCGUAUUCAUUUGCUUUGGAUGAGCAUGCAGCAGCAGCAGCAGCAGAAGAAGAAGAAAAAGGAAAAGGAAGUGGGAGUAGCACACACACACACACACACACACGCAAACAAGUAGCGCGGGGGUUGAUGAUCGUGGUAUGUGGUGUUGCCCAUAUUUGGUCAUACGUCGUCUCCGCCGCCAUCGCCGCCAUCGAUGCAUGAUGCGUUGUUGUCAAUAUUAUUUAAUUAACGAACCCGGUCCGGGACGCAGCGGGUGACUAGAGGUCAGCUGACGAGAGGGAGAGAGAGAGACACACACAGAGAGAGCGAGAAAUAUUGAUUAUUUUGCGAAAUUUAUGGAAAAAUAUUAUUAUUCAAUUAAAUAUUUGCGUAAUGUCGCACCUUCAAUGUUACAACGGCAGGGGGUGUGGUGAGGGAGGGGAAGGGGGGUUCCCCUCGAAUCUGGCAACACACCGACCGCACCGCCAUCACCAACACUGGAGCAAAAAAAAAACAAAGACAGGAAAGAGGAACAAGAGUGCGUGCUUUCUCCUGUGGUGGCCGAUCGACGAUCCAAAUACUCCAGAGCAGCAGUUCAUCGCGAUCACCGAACACGUCACACGCCUAAUGGGUUUUACCGUCCCCCUCGCACGCACGCACGCACGCACACAUGUGUGUCAUAUAGCUGCGGGUACUCCGCUUUGGGUGCUACUGGAAACGGCGACGCACGUUCAGAACUCCGGCGCGUCAUUCCGUCAACCGAGAGUAUCCCAAGGUCAGCCACGACGAAUCACGUCAGGCGUGGCAGUAGUGGUGAUCGAAGGGGGGUGGCAGCAUUGCGCUCUGCUGCCUACUGCUCACCCACCAACACACACAAACACACACACACACAGGCGCGCGUGGUUGUGUUGUUGCGCGAACAUUCUAGAAACUACUGCUACCCGGCAUCUGCCUUCUACCAGUAGCCACCACCACCACCCUUCCCCUUCCACACAUAUCACUCUGCACAAUUCUCUCUACCGGGAGCGGUAUAUGACGCGCGUGUGUGUGCGUGUGUGUGCGUGUGUCGGCGUCGCGUCGUCGUUGGUGAUAAUUGGGGAGAACACAGUAGGGCAGGGCAGGGCAGGUCGCGUUUGAUCGCGUUUGAUGGGCGGUGUCCAGACCUCCACCCCUGAAACCAUAACUCCCCAAGAAAGCCGCCCUUUCGGACAGGUAGUAGAUCGAUCCAAACCAAAGGAUAUCAUCCUCAGGAGGGACAGACCUUGUGUGCCCUGUGUGUACGUGUGUGUGUGUGUGUGUGAUCAUCAUCAACCAGGGCCUGUCACGCUUCAAUCACGCAAUAAUCAAUUGGAUACAAUUCGGGAAGCGUGUGGCAAGCACAAAUGGAGCAGAGGAGAGAGAAAGAGAGAGAGAGAACGGGGCAUUUACACCACUAGCUAGCAUGAUCCAUGCUAUCGAUGGACACAUAACCUCAACACAGUAAUUGCGAAGAGCCCCGAACACAGUAAAUGACAAAUAAAGGAGGGAGGGUUCAGCGUAGGCAGCCCAGGGGCGGCAGGUGGCAUGGAAUUGCAGCAAAUUGUCGCCUCGGCGACCUCGGGGGCGACGGCGACGACAACGCGACGGCGGCCGCACCUCGCGCUGGCUCCCGAUAAGCGGACCUGUCCCGCUACCCGAGGGCGUCCCAAAGCGUUCACACACACACACACACACAUGCGAAGGGCAAACUGGUCUUAUCUUGCCUGAGGUCUAGUUCUUAUCCAGCAGCGAGUGAUUUGGAAAUUUGUCCGGUUCGGUCCCCGACUUUUGGUGCUUCCGUGUUUCCGGUUUCGCCAUUCUCACCGAGAGGUGUGUGUGUGUGUGUGUGUGUGUGUAUGUGUCUAACACAUUCUUCACCGUGCUCUGGCUGACUGGUUGAUCUCAUGAAAAGUAGUGAGCCAGCUAGAAGUCGGUGACAGUCGCAGCAGCAGCAGCAGUAACUUCUUUAUUUCGCGUGCUCGGUCCUACUCGGUAGAUCCAAAUGGCUGGCCUUGUAUUCUCUACCGUCUGCCGAACAAUGAAUGCACUCUCCACCAUCGGUCAUGGCGUCAUGGCACACAUUCCUUCCACUGCACUGCACAGCCUGCACGGAGUAUGUUGUGCACCAUUUUGAAAAGGGUUUAGAGAGGGGGUGAGGAGAAGUAGAGGACACACACACACACGCACACACAUCAACUGACGUGACGACUGUUGCAGCGUUUGUUCAUUAUGAUGUGUUCUUUGUGGCGAAGCGACACUGUCACUACGACAGCCGCAAGAUGCGCAGCGGAGAAACAUGGGGUGUGACAAGUGUUUGAAAAGGGGGGGGGGGGAGGGGAGGCGAUCUCUCCAGUCCAGUCAGCUGCCAAUAAGCGUUUGCUAAUGGCGAAUGGUGUCCCCACACACACACACACCCACACACACUCUGAAACUCAACAUCUCAAUCAUAUUAUCUCGAAUUCGGGUCGUAGGCAUCAAUUAGUUCUCGCCCCUUAUGACGUCACUUCCUGUCACCCUCCACGUCACGUCCGCCCUGAGACCGUAAGAAAUUGGCGAACAUUUUCGAAAUUUUGAUCACACAUUUUCUACGCCCAGCCCAACUCUUUAGAUGAUUAAAAAAUUAUUGCAGUAGCUGCUGCUUGCACUGUUUCGAACAUUAAUACACACACACACACACACUCACACACCAUUCGGACUUUAAUGGGUAAUUUGGAAUGUUUUUUAGAGAUUCUCCAUCUGUUUCAAACCCCCAUGGGGACUAGUGAGUGGCCGAGGAAGUUGGCGCCAUUUUGUCGCGCGCCAAUCAGCCAACAGAAAGAGGGGAGAGGAGGGGAACAGGUCAUCGUCCACCGUCCAGACCAGACGACGUGACUUCCGAACGGCUCCAAAACGCCGGUCGGAAGGACGAAUCAGGGCCAUACUCGAACGAGUGAGAGGAAGAGAGAAGGAAAGAGAGAGAGAGAGACAGAGAGAGAGAGAGAGAGAGAGAGAGAGAGAGAGAGAGCGAGAGAGUGGCAGCGCACAUGAAAUAUGAAUGGAGUCUUUGCCGCCAGCUCUAGCACUGUGUCCAGUGGUCUGUCCAGCGAACUCUUAGCCCAAUCGAUAUAUGGAUUAGUGAUGGAAAUUAUGUUCUUUAACUGUUGGAACGCCUCUGUAUGGGAAUGAGCGUUUCCAGUCAUCUGAGCUCACGCAGCUCCCCCACCACCGCCUCGUCCUCCAACCGUGCAUGUCGCUACCGGACCGGACCGGAGCUGACAUGCUCCUUCUUGUUCUCUUUGACCCCAUGUCCAUGUGUUGGCGGCCAUCGCUAAAAAUAGACUGGCGUGUGAAUUAUGGCGAAUUCGGCGAAACCUAAUCCACCCUUCAAUUCAUUUUAUCGUGCGGAUUCUUGCUCUCUCUCUCUCAGUCUCUCUCUCUCUGUCUUCGAGAUCCUUGUAGACAAUUCACGGAAUCGCGAUCACUCUAUGACCGAUCACUCACACAAAUACCGCCGGGUAUGUGCAGGACACAUGCACCCUAACAGCUGUUAAAUGCAGGAGCGAGUGAGUCACUCACCCCUUUAUCCCAACCCCCCCGUUUUCCUGUUGGCGCGAAAAGCGGAUAACCUCCGGCUGAUUCCCGGCCGAGGAGGAGCUCGCCUCUUCUCGCAGUUCGCGAAGCGCAGGGAUCAUCACACCCACUUGCACUCACUCGCUCGUUCGCGGCCGCAGGCGCUGUGCACUAGGACCCCUCCUCCCCGCCCCUCAUUGCGUUCCUUCCUUACUCGCUGCCUCUCUCUCUUGCCGCUCUCCUGCUAGCCCGCGUGUUAUUCCCGAGCGCGUUUCCGAUUCGCGUUUGUUUUCGUUGGCUUUUUUGGUGUUCGUGUGUGUGCGUGUGUGUGUGUCUAUGCGUCUUCCUGUGUGUUCGUAUGUUUGCAUCGGUGUGCGAUUAAGUCACCUGUUUAAAAAUAGUCGUUGUGUGCGCACGCGCAUCGCGCUCUCAGCGCUCCCCUCCCCCCUCUUUUCUCACCCUCGCGACCACAAUCGCUAACGGACGAACAGUGCGCGCACUGCGGUAUGCGGACCACGGUACCGUGCGAGAGGGUUCAGUUGUGGGUCCUUCCUUCCUGCGUAGAGGCGCUAGAAAGCACCCUCGAAGAGGAGGCUUUCGGGGUUUCCCUUUUUGUUUGUUUUUGUCGCGCCACACGAACACGAACACGAGAUCGAAACAAAAUACACACCCGCUUUCCACCAAAACCAGUGAAAGAAAGGAGGGCGAAGAGUGACAGGUGCCCCCAGUAUUGGUUGGUAGCAGAAAGUCAGAAAUCCUAUCCCUGCGCAUACCCCCUUCAUCUGAAAACAACGGCAACCGAUAUCGGGAAUACAAAUACACUCACACCCACACACACACACACAAACGCACGAGAACAUAUAAUUCGCGAAUCCUAGUGGAAGCGUGAGAGAAAGAGAGAGCGAUAGAGAUAAGUGUGUUGUGCCCUACAACGACGACAACGGCGAGGAUCGCGAAAAGAAGAAACCCCACCCCACCGCUACGCAACGCGGAGCACCUCUGCGCGGGGAUCCAAUGAAACCUACCAACCUCGAACGAACAACGAUCAGCCGGCAACCAAACGACGACGACGACGACGACGACAAACGACGUGAUCAUCACGAGAAUCGCGCGAUCACGAUCCGAUCACACGACAUCGAAGCGAUAAAACAAAUCGCGAGCGCGCGCGCGAGAGAGAGAGAGAGAAAGUGCGCGAAUCGCAAAACAACAAAAACAGAACCGCAACCGAACCAACGAUAUCAUCUUAUCCACCCCCGAAGGAGCACCCAAGUGUGCCAUUCGAUCGAUCCGUGCCUCGGUCUGGGGGCCCCCCGGAGUACAAUAUGGAUGUCAGCGAGUUUGCCAACUUUUUGGCCCGCGAGCUGCUGCUGGAGCAGUUUGCACCCUUCGAGGCCAUCGGGGUGCACAGUGGCGUACCGACGCGCACCACACCAACACUGACACCAACUACGCUGAAGAACAUCGAGCAGAGCAUCAUGGGGCUGACGAGCGACAACCAGAUCAACCUGCCGUACCAGGCGGGCUUCGUGCCGCCCCCGUUUCCGCUGGAAGAGCUGAGCCAGGAUCGAGACGCGAGCCAGGAGUCGUUCAGCUCAGCCUCGAACGCGUCGUGGGCGGUGUCCGGUUCCGGGCACGGCUACGGUGCGGACGAUGUCGACUCCAAAUCGUCCACCUCGACGCUCGAUCCACCACCGUCCACAAGCUCAUCGACUCAGGCCGGCCAGCGGUACGGUGCUGGUGGUACCAGUGCCACCGGCGGCCGUCCAUCCUCGGCCGUCGGCGGUGGCAGUGUUGAAGCGGCAGGAGGAACAGGUGGCCCCGUAGCAGCCACAGGCACAGGCACGGGAUCGCGCACACGCCGUAACGUCGGUGGACGCCGUCCUCACAAGCCCUCCAAUUUGUCGCCGGAGGAGGAGGAGAAGCGGCGCAUCAGGCGCGAGAGAAACAAGCAGGCGGCAGCUCGAUGCCGGCGGCGCCGCGAAGACCACACCAACGAGCUGGUGGACGAGACGGACCAGCUGGAAAAGCAGAAUCAGCAGCUGCAUCAAGAGGUCCAAUCGCUGAAGCAAGAGGUGCAGCAACUCGAACGGAUCAUGGACUCGCACCGGGAUCAGCCGUGCCAGCUGCGGAACCGGCGCGCUGCCACCGGUGGCACUAGCAACACCGCCAUCGCACCAGCCGUCCCGUCCGGCGAACAGCAACCAGUGCUCCCCGGUAAUGGUGGUCUUGCCAGCAAUCCCGCUACCAUACUGCUGCCACUGAUCAAAACGGAACCGGAAGAGGAUCUCGCGGACAUACCGCAGCACCACCAACAGCCACAGGACGAUCAGCAGUAUGCCUACAUUGCUCGCGGUGCACCACCGAUGAAGAAGAUAAAGAUACCGCCGAACCAAAGCGACAGCCUGGAAACACCGACUCCGACCACCGUCUUUCCACCACACUCGCUGCUCAGCCCGGGAUUGACCGGUGCCAAGCUCAGUGGCGGCGCUGGCAAUGGGCUCGGUGGCGGUGGAGCAGGGCGCCGUCCGGAUCGUCCGCGUAGUCUGUUGAUCGGUACCGUCGCUGCCACCGCCGGCGGCAUACUCAACAGUAACGGCCAUUCAGCGCUGCCCGGUGGUGCUGUUGCUGCCGCUGCUGCUGGGGGCGGCCUCUCCACACCCUCGAACGGUCUAUUCAACUUCGACAGCCUGAUGGAGGGUGGCACAGGGUUGACGCCAAUCGCGGCCCCGAUCAGCUUCCCGCCGAAUCGAAACCCGCUCGAGCUUAUCACACCGACCUCGACUGAUUCGUCCAAGCUGUGCAGCCUCUAAGACAACGACGACGACGACGAUGACGACGACCGAUGUGCUCAAUUGCAAGCCCACCCCGACCUCUCUCUCUGUCUCCGCAUCAGCCCUCGCUCCGAACAUUCUAAACACAACACGGGGCUCCAGUGGGGUCAUGCCUUGUCAUCCGCUACGUAUUCCUGUUGACUCUCAUUCCCGUUCCGUUUAUUGCCCUGACCCCUUCUUUUUGCAGUUCUUUGCCUCUCUCAUCAUAGUCAAGGUAUCCCGGAGGUACAGAGGAGGAAAAAGAAAGAAAGAUAGAAAGAGAGGAAAAAAGAGCGAGAGAGAGAGAGAGAGAGGAAGAGAAGAAUGAGAGAGUGGCGAGAGUGGGUCCCGGAUUUUUAUCUCAUUCACAUCCCUUACCGGUUUUUGAGGUGUUUUCCCAUUCUCGGGUUUCAACAAAAAAAAACGGUAAUUAGUGGUUAAGCAAGGAGUAUAUCGAGAUAGAAAGAGUGUAUGUGUGUGUUUGCGCUCGCGCGGGCGCAAGAGAGAGAGAGAGAGAGAAAGAUAGAUAGAAAGAGAGAAAGAAAGAAAGAGAGAGAGAGAGAGAGAGAGAGAGCGAAAGAGAGAGCAACGGUGGUGUAGUGAGGGUCAUUUGAUAGGAUAGUCUUAGCGCGAAGCCAGUGAGGAAGAAGGGAUCGAAGGGAGAACCAGGAACCGCUCCAAGCGUUCUCUCUCCACCCCAUCUCCCGCCUGGUGCUUUCCAAAGCAAUCAACAGUGAUUUGAUAAGCAAGAAGCAGAAUGUAGGUGUAGGUGCCCGCCAAAAAGGUGACCAGAAGACAGCGCAGCAGGCGCCGUAGCACGUACACCACCAAACCCAACCGCGACCCUAGUAGUCAGAUAAUAUGGGCCAUCUAGACGUGUCGCAGUAGUAGUAACUACUUGUCAGCGAAAACCGCAACAAGCGCUACCAGAAAUAAACUAUUUACUGAUUUUACUUACUCAACAACGCA